GGUCGCUACCAAAUGCUGUGGACCCCUCAGACCCGGACGGCGCUCAAACAACGUCAACGAAACGGGUGUUCUUCCCGCCAUACCACGAGACAUCCUCCCCGUCUUGCAAAGAAAAACCGCAGACGCAAUUCCCAUCGUUUGUCGAGUCUCCCCGGGCUCCCUGGCAACCAACGGUGUGCUUUGCCCACCAUGACGGAUCAGCUCGAUGAUCGGACGCUGCGCCUCGUGUUCCAGUCGCGACCAGACAUCCUGGCCGGCAUCCAGAAAGCUGCCGAUACCCCAGCGCGCAUAGCAUUGUUCAAUGACAUUGCCAGUUUCGUGUAUGAGCAGAUCGGCGCGGCCGACGCCCAGAACGGUCCCGCAUCCAAAAGGAGGCGAGUCGACAUUGCACAGUUGCCGACCCAUACGCAAACAAACGGGCAGGCACAUGGCGGGUUGCCGCCGGCCAGCCUGAGCGCCGGCGUCGACGCCGCCGCCGCCGACCCCGUACUGCUCGAGAUCAAGGAUAUUUCGGUCUCAGCACCACAGCGCAAAAAGUACGACCUUUGUUUCACCAAGCACUACUUGUAUGCCCGCGCGUCGGGGACGUCGGUCCCGGUCCAGGGCAUCGUGUAUCCAUGGAAAGAUAUCGAGCAUGCGUUUUACCUACCGGUCCCCGACAAGUCGCAGGCACAGUAUAACUACGUUCUUCUCCCGCGCGACAGUUACCUCCCGACGACGAAGCAGGUUGGCGCCAACGCCAACACCAACGACAAGCAGCAGCCCCUCGAGCCGCUCGUCUUCACCGUCCCCGCCACGGCGCCGAAGCCCGGCACCGUCGCGGGCCCUUCGGCCGCCGCGGCCGAGGCGGUCUCGGACACGUACAGCAGUCUCUUCCACUGGGCCCUAGUCACCUCGAUGCGCUCGGCCGGCAACCACGCCUGCGAGCUCAUCGCUUCGGACCCGAGGCUCUUCCACAGCGUCGCGCGCCAGUCCCACCGCCCCGGCGAGAAGGCCGUGCACGUCAAGGCCUUCCGCGGCACCAAGGAUGGCUUCCUCUUCUUCCUCCCCACCGGCAUCCUCUGGGGCUUCAAGAAACCCCUCGUGUUCCUGCCGCUGGACCGGAUCGUCGCCGUCAGCUACACCAACGUCCUCCGCACUACCUUCAACAUGGUGGUCGAGCUCGACACCGACGCCCCCGCAAAUGGCGACGCGAACGACAACAACACCGCCGCCACCCCCAUCGAAAAGGAAGUCGAGUUCGGCAUGCUGGACCAGGAGGACUACCAGGCGAUCGACGAGACGUACGUCCGCCGCCACGGCCUCGCCGACCGCAGCAUGGCCGAGCAGCGCAAGGCGAAGCGGCAGCUGGCCGAGAACCACAGGAAGCCUGCCGCCGCCGCCUCCUCCGGCGGGGACGACGCCGCGGCGGCCGCGGACGAGGGCGCCGACGGCCUGACGGAGCUGGAGCGGGCCCAGCGCGAGGCCGAGCAGCGGCUGCAGGACGAGGAGGACGAGCUCGAAGAGGACUACGAUCCGGGGAGCGAGGGCGACAGCGAGGGCGAAGGCGGAUCCAGCGAAGAGGACGAGGACAAGGAGGAGGAGGAGGAGGAGGAGGAGGAGGAGGAGGAGGGGGCAGAUCGCAUGCAAGAGUAGCUCCUAACCCCCCCCCCCCCGGCUGGG